GUGUGCCACACUGUUGGUUUGUGGUUUCUUGUGAGGGCAAAAGGGAAAUUUGAAGGUUGGGGCGCAAGUUUGCUAUUAAGGAUACAAGAGCGCAAAGAAAAGAGAGAGAGAGAAAAAAAGGGGGCUGGUGUGGGUGCUUUACAGGAAGAUUGCGUUUGUCUGCAUCGAGCCAUCCCUUUUAUGCUGGUGGCUGAAUGUGCAGCCUAACAGAGAGGUCCACAGUAAGAGAAGAGAUAGAGCAAAGAGGCCUCGAGUGUCACACCUCUUGCCAUCGUCAAAAAGGCUUUGAGUAAUUUUCUUGUGCUCACCUCCAGGACUGACAUAUGUGUCUUUGCUGUUCCUCCUCACCUGCUCAAGAUGAUAAAGAUGUUGCUCAGGUGGACUUUUUCCAGUGAAAGCCUCUUCUAAAUGUGCUCCACGGCCAACUAUGUUCUCCCAUUGAGGAGAACCUGUGAGGUGGUGGCUACUCCAGGCAGGCUGUGCGGGGGGCUGUCCAUGCCUGCUAAUUUUAAUGGAGUCAAGCCUCAUGGACCGCCACAGGACAUGGAGAUGGACAUGGCUUGGCAGGAGUUGAUGGCCAUCACUGAGCUUCAGGAAUUCGAAGUCCAAAGUGGAAACCCCUAUGAAGCUACACAUUAUCAGCCCAUGCAGCCUAUGGCCCCCGCUGGAGAGUUUGGGAUGACUCAGUCCCAUUCAGAACCUCCUCCUGCUGCCUGUGAGCUGAGCACUGCUGACACUUACGAGGGAUGCUACUCUGAAGAAGUUCCCACCUGCCAUCGUCUCAACAACACAGAUGCGGUGUAUGGAAAUGCAGAUUCCCAGCUGCCUCACAGAAUGCUUCCCAUCUCCUCCCACCCUCAGCCGUCUCUUAUAAACAUGGCAGGUACCGCUCAGGGUCAUAGAAGGCCAAACGCCAGCAUCUCUCAGGGUUUAAGUCGACACAUGCUGUGGACUACGCUGGGGCAAAACGCCCAUGUUCGCUCUGGGGAUGAUCUGGAAUCAGAUUCAGGUCUCUCACUGGGAUCCAGCCCACCUUUGGCUUCUCCAGACAAUCCUGCCGGGGGCGGACCAGGUUACCAAAAUGUUGAUAUGGGAACACAAUAUAGUGAUUGUGAACCAGAAAGCAUGACUGAGCAUGGCAGAAGAGGCCACAUACAUUAUCCAAUGGACUAUCAGAGUCAAACUCUCCCAUAUCUACACUCAGGUGGACACGCACCUUACUUUUCACCUCAACCCAGUUACUCUCACUCACAAACUUGUUCUAUGAAUCCUCGACCUCUGAAACAGCCCGUUACCGCUGAUGUGUACGGCAAUGCAACAGUGACCAGCAGAGGGAGCUCAUACAGCAUGCACACAAAAUCACAAGGCAGCAGCUCCACUCCUGCUCCUCUGAGCAGAGACGAGCGCAAGGCUGUGGCUCUGAAGAUUCCCUUCCCCUUGGAUAAGAUCAUCAAUCUCCCUGUGGAUGACUUCAAUGAGCUCCUGACACAGUACACUUUGACAGACACUCAACUCGCACUGGUCAGAGACAUUAGGCGCAGAGGAAAGAACAAGGUGGCGGCCCAGAACUGCAGGAAGAGGAAGCUGGAGAGCAUUGUUCACCUGGAGAGAGAGCUGAACCACCUGCAGGCCCAAAGAGAACAUUUGGCGCAGGAGCGGCUGGAGUUCCAACGUAGCUUGACUUUCAUCAAGUGCCGACUCACAGACCUCUACAGGGAAGUUUUCUCUCAUUUACGAGACGAAGAUGGCCAGCCUUACUCCAUAGAUGAAUAUUCUUUACAACAAACUCCUGAUGGAAGUAUUUAUUUGGUACCUCAUUCAAUGGAUAAGAGAGACCAGUGUUAAACUAUUUCAGUCCAGCAAGUGGACUAAACAACUUGCUUGUUAUUUUUGCAACAGUUGAGUAAAAACUUGCCAAAC